GCCAACAUGUCGGAUGUCAACUUUGGAGGUGCUCAUGAGUCUAUGGACGUUGACGGGGAUUUUUCAGAUGGAAAUCAUCAUGAAAUGGAUGAUCCUGAAAUGCGAGCCAAAAUUGCUGAAGAGAAAAAGGCAUUGGGAAAUGAUGCCUAUUUGAACAAAAACUACAAAGAUGCUUUAAAGUUAUAUUCAGAUGCGAUAACGUUAUGUCCGACGUGUGCUGCAUACUACGGCAACAGAUCUGCCACACUCAUGAUGCUGGGGCGUUAUCGGGAGGCACUGGAUGAUGCCAUGCAGUCAGUCUUAAUAGAUGAUGGAUUUGUGAAGGGCCAUAUACGACAAGCCAAAUGUUUACUGGCUUUAGGCGAUGCAUUGUCUUCAGAAAGAACGUACAUCCGGGUGUUAGAGCUUGAUCCAAGUAAUGCCACAGCGAGGGAAGAAGUCCAGUUGGCUAAAGCUGUGAGGGAGUAUGAGGAGUCAGCUGCCAGAGAUUUCGCAAAGGGAGACUUCAGACGGGCUUUAUACUGCAUCGACCGAUGUUUGCAGCAUUCUCCACAGUGUUUAAAGUUCAAAGCACGGAAAGCAGAAGCGUUAGUUUAUUUAAAAAGGUACCAAGAAGCUCAAGAACUCGCAAAUGAUGUCAUCCAAAGAGACAACAUGAAUGCCGAUGCCAUAUUUAUCCGUGGCUUGUGCUUGUAUUAUGAGGACAAUAUUGACAAAGCUUUUCAGCAUUUCCAACAGGUUCUACGACUUGCCCCCGACCACAUGAAGGCAAAAGACACGUACAAGAAAGCCAAAGUGUUAAAACAGAAGAAAGAGGAUGGAAACAAUGCAUUCAGGGCGGGCCGAUACGAGGAUGCCUACAGUAUAUACACCGAAGCUCUAAAUAUAGACCCGUUUAAUGUACAUACAAACUCUAAAUUAUACUGCAACCGAGCGACUGCUUGUUCAAAGGUUAACAGGAAUGACCAGGCAAUAGAAGACUGUUCUAAGGCAAUAGAAUUAGAUGACAAAUAUUUGAAAGCCUAUUUACGAAGAGCAAAAUGUUAUAUGGAUUCAGAAAAGUAUGAAGAAGCAGUGAGAGAUUACGAAAAAGUACAUAAAAUGGAAAAAAGUCGAGUCCACAAACAAUUAUUAGAAGAAGCAAAGUUAGAAUUGAAGAAGAGUAAACGAAAAGAUUACUACAAAGUGCUGGGUGUGGACCGAUCUGCUACUGAUGCUGAUAUCAAGAAGGCGUACCGUAAACGAGCUCUGGUGCACCAUCCUGACCGACACAGUCAUGACAGCCCUGAUGUACAAAAGGAGGAGGAGUCGAAGUUUAAAGAAAUCGGCGAGGCAUAUGCAGUGUUAUCAGACGCUAAGAAACGAUCACGAUACGAUAGCGGGCAGGAUCUAGAUGAUUUGGACCACGGGUUUGGAGGUGAUGUGGACCCAAACACCAUAUUUCAAGCAUUCUUCGGAGCUCCCGGGGGAUUCUCAUUUGGACAUCAAGGGUUUGGACAAGGGUCGAGUUUUCACCAUCAAAGUCACAACCAUCAAGGAGGCUUUCCCGGCUUCUCGUUUCAUUUUCAGUGAAACAUAAACAAUGGUGCAGAUAUCAAUAAAAUAGUGUUGCAAGCGUGAAUAAAAGUAUAGCAGAUGGCUGUAACAAUGGAGCAGACGUCAUAACAAUACAGCAAAUGUCAGACAUCGGCAACAUUGGAGCGGACGUCAGAGGAGUAAACAGGGCUUCGUAAUUGUACAUAAAUUGCGUAUUUUGUACGUAGAAGUAGCCGAAUCUACGUUUGUACGUCAAUUGAUGUAUAUCUUACACCUUUUUUUCAGCCCACAAUAAGCAAACUACGUUUAAAAAGUCUUACUUUGGUGGUUUUUUGUGUGUGUCUACGUUUCUUACGUCGUCCUUUCCCGGGAUGACGAAACCAAGAAACUGUGCACACAAUACUCGUGGCGACGCCUGGUUAUAGAUAGCUUAAACCGUAUCUCAAUAGUCUUGCUCGCGGCACUCUGUGCGAACAAUGAAAUCUCGAUGGAAAUCUCAUUGCGGUGGACGUCAAUGUUUUCGGUGAAUUGUGCGAGACUUCAUAGCGAGCUGCAAAAUGGCAGCAAACAAUUCGCCAAGACACAUUCAAAGAGGCCAAGAGCGGUUGUUAGACACUAGUGUGACUCCUAUUCACGGUACUAAUGGGCAGUGACAGUCUCAGUUGUCUGCAGUUGUCUGCAAUGACAAGAUUCACAAUACCUUGGGGUAACUUGACUUUGCAUUCCAAUAAAAACUGCAGAGAAUGAGAUUUUACGGGGAAUAGGCACUACACAGUGAUUUGCAAUAUCACACAUAUAAUUUCAGAGACUUCACAUAUUUUUUGGGAAAUACACAUUUUUUUAACCAUCUUACACAAACAUUUUUUUAGGGUGAGCAGCCCUGAGUAUAGCAGAUGCCAGAAGUGUUGGAGAUGCUGGCAACAGUGUCACAAAUGUCAUCUAGUUUUACUAGAAAAAAUGAUGCAAAUCGUCUCAAGAGGUCUGUAGUUGGUUGCUUGGUUACUGUUCAUGUUUUGAAAACAGAGAUAUCCCAUUCAUUCUGACCGCUCGGAGAGUACAGUUUUUCAUGACAUAUGAGCAAAAAACGACUGAUAACAUCACCAAAAACAAUAUCGCAAACUAAAUGUAGUUGUCUCAUAUCAUCGCUGCAGUCUUUCCUCCAGAAAUAAAUUCCAGGGAUGGACAACAGCAAUGAAAUUAGUAAUCGAGGUGAAUUUCCUGAUCAAAGUCAGUAAAUUUCCAUCUUUGACAUUUGAGGGGGAGACCUGUCCCCCGUACGACUCCCCGUAGGAAACACUGAUUGCUCUUCACGUUCUUGAAAAAACAGAGAAGAAACAUUCAUUUGGGUCACUCUCAUGAAUUUUAUGAAACACAAAGGGUCAAUAACAGGCCUACUUCGGUACGUCCACAAAAACAGUACAGCACAAGUCUAGAAGAAUCACUGGAAAAUAUGCAUUCAUGUCAAGAAGAUCUGAGGUUGUUUAGUGUUUGCAUUUCCCAUUCAUUUAGAGUGCUUGAGAAUGCAGAUUUUCACAACUCGUGAGACAAAGCUGCUUAGAAACAUUGAGGGGAGAGAGGUGGAAUAUGUCUGAUAAUUUUGAUUUUCGAGAUAAAAAGCUGUCGAUGUCAUUGCAAAACAGUGUUACCAAUAUUGUGACUUGCUCUCUGUUGGACUGAUCUCGAGUAAAGCCACGAAAACUUAAUUGGCACGCAUUCAUAUAAAACACUUAUUACAGCUUUGUGAGACUGAGGUAUUUCGAAUGACAACUUUGGUUACGUUGUAUGGUAGCUGAGCAUCAUUUCAUAGAGAUUUUCCGGUGUGAACAUUUUUGUUUUCCUCGAGUGUUUUGGCGUCAAAGGUGAUGAUCAAGACCAACUCUCCCAACAAAGGUGAUAAUCAAGACCAACUCGUACCAGUUCGCCCACACAAGUCUCCGUGGAGUCAUGAAUUCACAGCCUGUGAAUUCUCAGUUCUAGUUUUGCAUUUGAAAUUUUAGGGCAGUUUUAGCAGUUUAUUAGCCAUGCAGUGGAAUUGGGCCUUAUAUAACAGGCGUUCCACCGGCCCUAAAAAUCCUAAAAUUCCUUUAAAAAAUUUACUUUCCCUAAAAAUCCCUAAUUUGAAUCAAAUUUUGCUCUUUUGCCCUAAAAAUACCUAAUUUUCUCUUUUUCCGGUGAUCACACGCGCUUAAAGUACGAUGUCGUUGAUGAUGUGACUGGCAUACAUCCACAUAUUCUGGUUUGGUGAUGGUUAUCUCAUGGUCAUCAAAUCUGGUUCCUUCCAGAAGCAUACAGGAUCCCAGUUCUAGGUAAGGGAUGAAAGUGCCAGAUUUGAUAACCAGUCUCCAUCACACAAGCAGUGGAGGUUUGCCAAGCACACCCGGACAAGUAUUUUGUGAGUGUGUGUCAAAGACAGGGGUGAGUACUAAUAUUCCAUUAGAUUUUCAUGAGUAAUAUACCCUAAAUCACCCUAAAAUUGAUUACAAAUACCCCUAAAAGCCCUAAAUUUGUAAUAAAAAUGUCCUAAAAAAUGCCCUAAAAAUGCCCUAAAAUGCUCUUGAAGUUGGCCGGAAGGCUUGUUAUUAGGGAGGGUGUGGUCCUGGUGGUCGAGUCAAUACUACUGUAUUCUAAACUGUUCCGGUGGUCUGAUUCGAUUGUCUUUUAUUUACCUGUCCACUGUGAAGAAGAUUGACUGGGUUUAAAUAUCCAAUACUGAGUCUUAUGUCAUGAAAACUUCAAUUGCUGUUAAAAUACGCUUGCAUGAAUUGCCUAUCAGUUGCAAAUAAUUGUCUGUCUGUCUUGUUCCAUGAAAUUUUAGAACUUGGGGUUAUUCCCAGGAACGUCUCGUAGAAAGUUUUUCAUUCAUACUAACUGUCACUGUUCAGCAUUAUGGUUGUAAUGUAUUAUCAUGAUUAUGUCCCAAACGGGGUAAAGUUCAAAAAUGAUGUUUCACACAGACUUUUCAACCAACUUGUUUCCCCAGUUUUCCAAAGUAGCUAAUGCCACUAACACACCUGUAAAAAGUUACGGGUUCAUUAUUUAUUUUUUGUUAAUAGUUGGUUUACGGACAUUUCUUGAAAAAAACCAAUGUUGGAGGAGAAAAAACCCAAGGGUUUAGGGAAUGUUAUAAAAUGUGUACAUCGGUCAUGGCGGAGGAAGAAAUUGAAAUAAAAUGUUACAGCCGCAUAGGCCUGCAUAAUAAAACAGACGCGGUGCCGAUACCCACAAUGAAAACAACAACAAACUGCGAUUCUAACGAUAUAUUGACAGUUUUUAUUGCGAUGUUGAAAAUAAAAAAUGUCAUCCUGAUGUAAACGAUUGGCGGGAUAAAAAGAACACGUUUUUUUCAUUCGAUUUUGAAAAUAAACAAGUUUUUUGACAACUUACAAUCGGCAGUCAAAAAAGGGAAAUUCCAACAUUUUUUUUCUUUCUAAAAUCGGAGGUUUUACCGUCGGUGGUCCCGAAAACCAACUUAUAAAAAAAGGCCUUAUUGAGAAAUUUAUAUAUGACAGGGAAGAUCACCAUUGUGGAUGGUAAACAUGAGGAGAAAUUAUGAUGUUACAGCGUGCAACUCUGCUAAAUCACAUAUAACACUUAAUACUCUUCAUUAUUUCUUGGGCAUAUGACAUGGUAGAGUGUAGAGUGGUUGAAGUUAUGUAACAUCAUUGUUUUACCGCCAGUAGUUUACCGCCAAUGUUGCGACGGUGAUGUACGCCAUCUUCAGUGAAUUUUUUCCAGCAAUGACCGUUUUGAUCAACUUUCAUAUUAUAACAUCAUAAGCCUGCUAGAGACCAUAUCUUAGUAUUCUAUUAGUCAAUUUGUCAAAAUGUAAUUUAAAAUAAAUUUUUAUUUUCAAAAAUGUAAAACAUGUGCCAAUAGGAUGAACAUGUGGGUAACUCAAUAUGUUCCUAAUACACUUAUGUCUACGGUUCAUCAUCUCGUGCCACAAGCGGUAGGAAGCUGCACAUCAGCAGGACCAGAACCUCUUAUGGUGACAGGUGUUUUGCUGUUGGUGCAGCCCGCUUGUGGAACCAGCUGCCACCGGACUUUCACUCGUCUCUAUUGUAUCCUUCAAAAGGGAGUUGAAAACGUGGCUAUUUAGAAAGGCUUUGGGGGAGUAGCGCUUUAACAUCGUAUUAUCUUAAUGAGAAGCGCUAUAUAAAUAUGGACUCUCAUUAUUAUUAUUAUUAUUAUCUCUGAAAUUGCUCUAAUGGUUAAACUGAUUUCUAUAUCUGUACGAAUUGAUAAGUAAACCCAGCACAAAACUCUCUCGUCUAUGAUUUCAUACUGUGAAAUGGAAGACAGCGGCUCAAUUUUAUCCGGUAGAAGGUUAAUACCUUCAACAGGACAUGUUGUCUUUCUGUCACUUUUAAAGGUAUUGAUAGUAUUCUCUAGAUUGAUACACACAAGUUCCGAUUCCUAUAUAAUUGACAAUUCAGGAUGUAUGUGAGAAAUGAACACUUGAUUGAAUCAUGCUGCCUGUAUCUAUUUACAAGAAGAUAUUUAAACCCGUAUGGCCACUUUUGGGUGCAAUAGCCACUUUUCUGUGCCACUUCAGACCCUGUUUGGUAAUAUUUUACUGAUACGAGAAUUAUUAAAUUACUUUGCCUCCAGUUAACUGCCAGCAUAGAUAUAAAAAAUACACUUAAUAGUUGUUUGCACGGUCGACUAAAUCAACGAUACAAAAAAUACUGUUGGUCUGGAAUAGUAGAUAUCGCUUGUGCCAUAUCUACUCAAAGAAGAGCAGGAUAUCCUCAGUCUUCUAUCAUUUUCUUACAAGAGGGUGUGACUAUGAUUGAUACAAAGGCUUUGUGUUGUACCAUUGCUUGUUCUGUCAGAUUAAAAUGGUGCCUUCUAAAUUUAAGGUCAAAAGCAUUACCUUCUUUUAAUUAGUGAUAGUAACUUUGUUUCAGAAUGAAUUCGUACCAAGUUGGCCGUUUAGGCAAUUUCAUCAUAGCUUUUGUCCAAUACACAAUGAAUGAGACUACCGGGGUACCAAGAAUUUGUCUUUUGCAUGAUCGGAAAAUCUGGUGAGAUUCCAUUCAGAAACAAGGAAGCUUUUAAGAAUCGGAAGUAAGAUAUGUUUUUUUACUGAUGUAUUUGUCGACAUAGUGCAUCGUGUACAUAGUACUGUGAUAUAAUAUUUGAAUAUUUUCUAGUAGACAGGUUUGUUUAAUUUGUAUGUACAUAGUAUUUGUUUGUAAGGCCCUCAACCUCUUGACUACCCGGCUGUUUGAACCGUUCUGUACACCUUUCCAGAAAUGGGGCGCUGAAUGUCCGAAAUAGUGAUGUCAUAAGGGGAAGCUAGGCCUUAUGGUGGAGGGACAAAGGAGAUAGUCAUGGUUGACCAACACACUUGAAUGCCUUUAAUGACGGACAAGGGGGGAAAAGUUAGUUCCAAUGCAAGCCACCAAUUUCGGGAAGCAUGUAUACCGGGUCUUUUUUGGUAUUGUGCAGCCACGUGCAUCUGGCAAAACCACCAUCUUCGCAGCGCCAUCGUUGAAGUUGGUGGGUAGCAGACGACAUGCCCGAGUCACUAGACAACAGUGGAGAUGAGCCUGAUCAUACCAAACAAUACACAGAAGGUCUAUUAUCGCAAUGGCUCAAGCGGUCGGCGGUGAACACGUGUAUUUGAUUGAACACGGUGAACACGUGUAUUACGACUGGUAGUCGAGAGGUUAAACACAUCCAUUCCAUGGCAAGGUUGUUGUGAUGCCCGGCUUAUUCUCAUUAGGGAAUCAGUCCCCUUGGCCAAUUGGCCAUGAAAUACUGCUUAGCUCUCUUUUCAAAUGAGAGCUAAUGUGAUGAGCAGGGAGCUGUCGGUGGUGCCGUGGUCUGAGUGAUGUUUAAAAUGGAUAUCAACGCCUGUCACUUCUAAGGUCAUGAGAUUGACCUUAGAUUGAGAUCUGGUCGGUGCAUGAAUUCAUGUGAGAUCUACAUCUGGUCGGUGCAUGAAUUCAUGUGAGAUGGCCAGGGCGACUCUUUGCGACAGCGUGACAGCAAGAGAAAAUAAUUUAUGAUCCAAAACAUCCAAAUUGAAACGUGAAGCCAUUUUUCUCGGUGGCAAAAAUGGAUGUAUCUCGUUUUGAGGUGAAACUUCAAAUGUAAACACUAUCAAUCACCUUGUUUCAAGUGGCACCUCAUUCUAAGUGGCAUAUCAUGGCAAGAGCAGGCUUAUUGUUCUCUGGGAAGAAGUAGAAGCCUUGCACAAGUAUUUCGACUGGAUGUACAGGCAGUUUCUGUUUCAAGAUUGGAAGUCUGUCAUAUAUUUUUUUGAGCCGAAGUAUAAGCUGGCAUAUUGUGUUAUCACGGAGUGUCACGAACCAAACUCCAGGCAUUUUUUUUCUCGGCAACCUUGUGGUGAAGUGGGUGAGAAUGUGUUAUUCCUGUAGUCUCUCAUAGUCUCUCAGUGAAGAUUAUUUGAGAAAGGAAACGGGUGUAUCAUUUUGUUUUGACAAGCAUCGGAUCUCAUUACAUUGAGCUUAUUUUCUGGUCUGGUGCUUUUAACCAGUAAAACAAUUUGUCGAAUGAAAUAUCUUUUGCAAUUUUUAACAUGCGAAUCUCAGUUCUUCGCGAAAUCUAAAGAGCAAAAUUCCCAGGAAAAUUUGGUGAUUUUGAGUAUCUUGCACCUCUAGAUUUCUAAUUGAUAUUCAUUAUUCUAGAGUCUCCUGUUUCAAGGAUACAUUAGAUAUUUGUUUUUUGGCGAGAUGAUUAAAAAUUAAUUAAACGGUAAGUUCUGAAUGGAUUUAAAACAAUACUAACUGUGUUAACCCUUUUGUUACGAUGGCAUAAAAUGGCGAUAUAUCCAGUUCUUUCAGUCAAGUAAAGGUUAAAUAAUCCUGCAGAAAUUGGGUGCUGUCUGAAAGAUAUCUUCCUUGAAUGAUUUUACGCAGAAUCCCUGAGGUCAAACUUUAUACGUGUUAGCAUUGGUUGGUGUUCAUGCAAAUGCUGGUUUGUGAUGCGAAUAUUUCUUGAGCAUUGCCUGUAUCUUGUCUGAUGCACAAAACCUUUCUCACCAAAGAGUUCCUGUUGCUGGGUGUCGUGGUGGUUAGUACCAUGACACUUCAUGAAUAUGGGCACAGGUGUUUGAAUUCAAUAAACGCAGCAGAAUUCUGUGGCCACAACAAUUUUGCAACAACCCAUCAUUCUUGAGUAGAACCCUGACCGGGUUUCCGCCAGGAUUAAAUUUGAGGGGGAGCAAAAGAUUUUUUUCUUUUUUCUUAGAAAGGGAGACGUUUUUUGGCCCUAAAAGCGCUACAAUUGGCUCCCAAAUGCUCUUAUUUUACAUAUCAAAUCAUGAAAAUUACUCAUUUGACAGUAAAACAAAAUUUAGUGCUGAAAAUUAAGGGGGGGAUAUCCCCCCUUGAAAUAUUUUAGGGGGGGAUGAAUCCCUCCCAUCCCUCCCAUCCCCCCUCUGGCGGAAACCCUGCCUGAAUUCGUGAUUAAUUUAUGUUCAUAGCAUUUGCCAAGCCAUUUUGUUCAUGACACAGCCCAGUCUUUCGCAUAUUCGAACAUGUGUGACAUAACUAUACAAAGAGAUCAGGGAUUGAGACGAUAAUUUAUUUUAUUAUUUAAAUGAUCAAUUCGCACAUGAUUACUCAUAGCAAUUAUUGCAGUCAAUGGUUUAUUUCUAAUCUAAGUAUAAAGGUCUUCUCUAGCGCUUUAUACUGUAGAACAGUCUCAAAGUGCUUUACAUUCAUUUCCCAGCCUAAUCCAGCAACCUUUCUGUUGAAAGCAAGAAGUGCACGCACUGUGUUACACAUGGCCAUUUGAGGCUAGUUGAGAGAAAGCAGAGUGCCUUGGCCUCGAACCCACAACCUCCCGAUGAUGAAUCGGAAGCUCUUCCACUGAGAUGUCGUGCUCUCCAAUCAAAUUAGCAACGAAAUAAAGUUGUGACAUUUUAUCUCGUUUUGUGUGUGAGAUUGUUGAUUAGUUGAACAGUGUUUUAUUCAUUCCAUGCUUCAAGGCAUUUUUAGGUAGACUUUAUAUACAGCCAUGUACAUGAUAGUGACACCUCUUCGCUAUGUUGCUUGUCUAUUCGUUGAGGUACAAGUUGUCUUCUGUCAACUACUUGUCAGCAAUCCAAAAGGUAGCGCUGAUCAUUAACUCACUUUAGUCUCUAAACUUCGCUUUAAUGUUUUUGGCUCAGAUGACAAAAGUUAGCUGAACGGUUAAAUAGCUAUUCGAGUUGUAUCUGUCCUUCCAAUCAAUCCAUCCAUCUGUGGACACAAUCGUAAGUGAAGCGCUUCAGAUCUGGCCAUUAGGAAGAACAGCCCAGGGAAUGCCACUGACAGGACUAAGGAAUUGUUUGUCGCUAUGUCUGAGUAGAUAGAAGCUUGAAAUAAAGUUGUAGAGGUCUGAAUGUAUGUAGGUUUUGAUAUAAGAUAUCGUUUUGAUUGAUACCACCAGUUGGGGAUACUUGGCAAAAAAUCUGUGUUGAUCGAGUUUCUGCAUGAUUUGAAUUUCCCGCUCUUGUCUACCUCCGUAGGUCGGGGGUUCAAUCCCACGAUUGGGUACUGACAGAAUUCUAAAAAAUAUCUUUUACUUUUUGCAUUUGUAUCUUACAUUUUUCUUUACUUGCGGUAUUUUUAUUUUCUUUUUUGGUAGGCGCAGAAAUUGUUUUUGGCCAUUUUAAAGCCAUCAGCUGCAGCUGUAGCUUGAUUUGACCUCCUUUUCAAGGUCAUAGGCUCAAGGUCAUAGGCUUAAACUUAACAAUUUCACUGAUAGUAGCAUGCUUUAUCAUUAUUUGUCCACAAGUCUCUAACUUAGAAGCAUGGUUUCAGCAUCUCAAUAUGUUAGAGGUUGAAAAAAAAAUUCCAGACCAUUUCUAUUUUGUGUACAUUGACCCAUGUAUUUCAGCUGAGCCAUGUAUUUCAGCUUGGGCCUCUUGUUGCAUAUAGCAGACCUACCUACAUUGUACGAUUUCGCGUAACGUACUACAAGCACCAUAUUUGGAAUGACCUUCACAACACCUUUCUGAUUGGUCGACGAUCUCUUGCCGUGCUCCGGUUUUAGAAUUUUUUUAUGAUAAUGAGCUUGAGGUUCUGUCAUCGUGGCUGGUUGUGUAGUAGUGUACCACUGGUAUA